CGUUGCUCUAUUUCUUUAAGUAGUGCUGAGAAGGUGAGGUUGUGUUCCUUUGUAGGUCACACAACCCACAUAAAAUUGAGAAUAACUCUUCAAAAAAAGAAAAAAAAUAUAAAAAACAUUAGAAAAAACCAAAAAAAUCGAAAAACGGUUCAAAAACGUAAUUUUGUAAAUAAUUAAUUGCAAAAUUUAGUUUCAUAUGUUACAGUUCCAGAACGCAUUGUCUGACAUUGUGUAAGUGUGUAGCGUAUCAAAAACAGCAAAAUGAAUCCUGGUGCACCGAAUUACCCCAUGGCGUCUUUGUACGUCGGUGAUUUACAUUCGGAUAUUACUGAAGCAAUGCUUUUCGAAAAAUUUUCAACAGCAGGCCCCGUACUUUCGAUUCGUGUCUGCAGGGAUAUGAUAACACGCCGCAGUUUGGGCUAUGCAUACGUUAAUUUUCAACAACCUGCAGAUGCCGAAAGAGCGUUAGAUACCAUGAAUUUUGAUUUGAUUAAGGGGCGUCCUAUUCGCAUUAUGUGGUCACAGCGUGACCCUUCCCUACGUAAAUCCGGUGUAGGAAACGUGUUUAUCAAAAAUUUAGAUAAAAGCAUUGACAACAAGGCUAUGUAUGACACCUUUUCUGCCUUUGGUAAUAUAUUAAGUUGUAAAGUAGCUCAGGAUGAAACUGGAUUGAGUAAGGGCUAUGGUUUUGUCCACUUUGAAACUGAAGAAGCUGCUAACAAAUCCAUUGAGAAAGUAAACGGUAUGCUGUUGAAUGGAAAGAAAGUAUAUGUUGGUAGAUUCAUUCCCCGUAAAGAACGUGAAAAGGAAUUAGGUGAGAAAGCUAAACUCUUCACUAAUGUCUACGUUAAGAACUUUGGUGAAGAUAUGACUGAAGAUCAACUUAGAACACUGUUUGAGAAAUUUGGCCACAUAACCAGCUUGAAAAUUAUGAGAACUGAUGAUGGAAAAUCUCGUGGCUUUGGUUUUGUUGCAUUUGAAGAUCCUGAUUCUGCAGAAGCAGCUGUUGAAGAACUAAAUGGAAAAGAAAUUGUUGAAGGAAAGUCUAUGUAUGUUGGCCGGGCUCAAAAGAAAGCAGAACGACAGCAAGAGUUAAAACGUCGCUUUGAACAACUGAAAAUGGAACGUAUGAACCGCUACCAGGGAGUCAAUUUAUAUGUAAAGAACUUGGAUGAUACCAUCGACGAUGAGCGUCUCCGAAAGGAAUUCUCACCUUUUGGAACAAUUACUUCAGCUAAAGUCAUGUUAGAAGAUGGACGUAGUAAAGGAUUUGGGUUUGUUUGCUUCUCAUCUCCAGAGGAAGCAACCAAAGCUGUAACUGAAAUGAACGGCCGUAUAGUAGGCUCCAAACCUCUUUAUGUAGCUCUAGCGCAACGCAAAGAAGACAGGAAAGCCCAUUUAACAUCCCAAUACAUGCAACGUAUGGCCAACAUGCGUAUGCACCAAAUGAACCAAUUCAUCCAACCAAGUGGCACCAGCGGCUACUUCGUACCUACAAUGCCACAACCACCACAACGCUAUUAUGCAGCAUCUCAAAUGACGCAGAUUCGUACAACACCAAGAUGGCCUGCUCAACCUCAGGUACGUCCUGGUGCUCAAACUGGAACCAACGCCUAUGCUGCAGGAUUGCAGAACUCCUAUAGAGCCGCACCAAGGCCACCAAAUCAAGCCGGAGCUAUGCGAGGGGUUGUUGCAGGAAGUAAUCGUUCCACAAACUAUAAGUACACCGCAAACAUGCGCAAUCCACCCCAAGGCCUUACAAUUAGCGGGGCCGCCCCUGUUCAGCAAGCGGUACAUAUUCAAGGCCAAGAACCACUUACAGCCACAAUGUUGGCUGCAGCACCACCUCAAGAACAAAAGCAGAUGCUUGGUGAACGGCUUUUCCCACUUAUCCAAAGAAUGUAUCCAGAUUUGGCUGGAAAAAUCACUGGAAUGUUGUUGGAGAUUGACAAUUCUGAAUUGCUGCACAUGUUGGAACAUAAUGAGUCUCUCAAGGCUAAAGUUGAAGAAGCUGUUGCAGUAUUACAGGCUCACCAGGCUAAGCAGGCUGCUUCUCAAAUCAAAAAAGAGUAAUCGUUUCUUCAACUUUUAUCAUUUUUAGGGGAAGAAGCAUUUAUAUAGUUAUUUGCGUUUGCUAUUCCCUUCUUGUAGUUGUAUUUCUCUUAUCUUUUGAUAGCUUUGAAAUUAUUGAAAAAAAUCUACACACUUACACGUUAAAAAUAAUAAAAAAAAUUGCAAAAUGAAAAAAUUUGUCAGCUGUUUGACGUGCGAUUAAUUACCUUACUUGUAAUGCACACGGCAAACAGUAGAAAAAAAACUCAAACGAGUAACAACACUUGAAUAAUAAUUCUUUUUUCAAAUCUUUCAAUUCUAGUUUUGCAGUUUCUAUAUUAUUUCUACAUCUAAAUAUUCGAUUAUGACUAAACAUUUUCUUUGAGUUAAUUUUCAAUUAGUUUAAAUUUAAUAAAUCAUUUCUUUGGGUUAAUAAAAUAUGGAAUGGU